AUGAACAUUGGGAAAGCUUACAGUGCCUUUAACAACAGCAAUGGAACAGAUCUAGCUAUUGGCUUUACCUCCUCCACAGUAGCUGUCCUUCUAUUUGGGACAAACUUUGUGCCUGUUAAGAAGUUUGAUACUGGUGAUGGCAUGUUCUUCCAGUGGAUUCUCUGUGCCUCCAUAUGGAUAGUUUCUUUGGUGGUCAAUUUAAUCCAGAAUUGCCCCCGGUUUUGGCCUCUGGCUAUGGUUGGGGGUUUCCUGUGGGCUACGGGCAAUGUUACAGUUGUCCCUAUUAUUAAAACUAUUGGCUUAGCUCUUGGUCUUUUGAUAUGGGCUUCUUUUAAUUUGCUGACAGGUUGGGCAAGUUCAAGAUUUGGUUGGUUUGGAAUUGACCCAGAAGAGGUAUCAAGACCAAUCUUAAAUUAUAUUGGAGCUGGACUUUCACUAUUAAGUGCUGUCAUAUUUCUUUUUAUAAAAACUGAAGUCCAGAGUUCUUCAGCUUCAUUAGAAAGCACGCCUUUACUGAGAGAAAGAUCUAUUAAUGUUUCUGAAGAUACCUCUGAUGACUCAUGGGUGAAGAGACUUUCUCCAGCAAAAAAGAGACUCAUAGGAUGUAGCCUGGCUGUAGUAGCUGGAAUACUCUACGGUUCCAGUUUUAUACCAGUACUUUACAUCAAGGACCAUGGAAGAAGAAAUGAAACUAUGUACACAGGAGCAAGUCAAUUUGAUUUAGAUUAUGUUUUUGCACACUUCAGUGGAAUAUUUCUUACAAGUACCAUCUACUUCUUGAUCUACUGUGCAGUCAGGAAAAAUAAACCUAAUGUUUAUCCCCAAGCCAUAUUGCCAGGAUUUGUUUCUGGUGUGCUUUGGGCAAUAGCCAAUUGCUGCUGGUUCAUAGCCAAUCACUAUCUCAGUGCAGUGGUCAGCUUUCCAAUAAUUACUGCAGGUCCUGGCCUUGUUGCUGCAAUGUGGGGAGUCCUUGUAUUUAAAGAAAUCAAGGGACUGAAAAACUACGUGUUACUCUCAGUAGCAUUUUGCAUCGUUUUGGCUGGAUCACUCUCCACAGCUUUUUCUAAAGUUUGA